GCGCGCGUGUCGCGCAACAUCGCGAAUUUCUCGUUAGUCCACAGUCGCAGUCCGAAAGUGUGAGGUGGCGAUUUCGUUCUUUUUAUCGUUUCAAUUUUACUGAAAGUUGUCGUUUUUAAAUGAAACGAUACACAAGAUACUCUUAGGAAGGAUAUUGUACGUCAAGUCUGAGACAAGAUGUCGACGUCAGCAAUAUACAUCUUGGACGUAAAGGGCAAGGUGUUGAUCUCACGAAACUAUCGUGGCGAUAUCGAGACUGGGGUCAUAGAAAAGUUUAUGCCACUUGUGAUGGAACGCGAGGAGGAAGGUAAUCUUACUCCCAUCAUUCAGACACCGGAAUGCACAUAUGCAUAUAUAAAAUAUAACAAUCUGUACAUCGUGUCCACCACGAAGAAAAAUGCAAACAUAUCCCUGGUAUUUGUAUUCUUGCAUAAAGUGGUGCACGUCAUGCAAGAAUAUUUCAAAGAAUUAGAGGAGGAAAGUAUACGAGACAACUUUGUCGUUAUUUAUGAGCUCCUAGAUGAAUUGUUGGAUUUUGGCUACCCUCAAACCACCGAUAGCAAAAUUCUGCAGGAAUACAUUACUCAAGAGGGUCACAAACUGGAGAUUCAACCUAGGAUUCCUAUGGCAGUGACCAAUGCUGUCUCUUGGCGAUCAGAGGGCAUCAAAUAUCGCAAGAAUGAAGUCUUUCUUGAUGUAAUAGAAUCGGUGAAUCUUUUGGCGAAUGCCAACGGAAAUGUCUUAAGCUCCGAGAUCGUUGGUGCCAUAAAAAUGAGAGUCUAUUUGUCAGGAAUGCCGGAAUUGAGGCUGGGCCUCAACGAUAAGGUCCUGUUUGAAUCAACAGGACGUGGGAAGUCUAAAUCAGUGGAACUUGAAGAUGUCAAGUUUCAUCAGUGCGUCAGGCUGUCACGUUUUGAAAACGAUCGUACGAUCUCGUUCAUUCCACCAGAUGGUGAAUUCGAGCUGAUGUCAUAUAGACUGAACACACAUGUGAAACCCCUGAUCUGGAUCGAAUCUGUGAUCGAGCGGCACGCUCACAGUCGGGUGGAAUAUAUGAUAAAGGCGCGGUCGCAAUUCAAGCGUCGUUCGACAGCGAACAAUGUGGAGAUCGUGAUUCCGGUGCCCAACGAUGCCGACUCGCCCAAGUUCAAGACCACAAUUGGCAGCGUCAAGUACUCGCCCGAGCAGAGCGCCAUCACUUGGAUUAUCAAGUCUUUUCCUGGUGGCAAGGAGUAUCUCAUGAGAGCGCACUUUGGUUUGCCAUCGGUCGUUGGGGAAGAUGUCGAGGGCAAACCGCCUAUACAGGUGAAGUUCGAGAUACCGUAUUUCACUACGUCCGGCAUUCAAGUGAGAUAUUUGAAGAUCAUCGAGAAGAGCGGUUAUCAGGCCUUGCCUUGGGUGCGUUACAUCACACAGAAUGGAGAUUACCAGCUGCGGACGAAUUAGCUAAUUGACAACGGGGUGGAUGAUAUCAGAAUCUCGGGCAUUAUGCCCGAAUACGAGGAUUAGUCGAACGUACGACAGCAGAUUAGAAUUGACGGUAAUCGUUUACCAUUCCAAUGCCAUACGGUGGAAAAAUGAUGCAGGAACAAAUUAGAUUUUCGAAUAUUAUCUCUUGGUUUCAACAAAUUUUUCACAUUUAUUCUGCACGUCCCGCGCUUUUUAAUAUUUCUCUAAAACAGGAUAAUAUGAUGAAAAUAUUCUAUUUUUACGGACAUUUUACAUUUGAGAUUGGUUCAUAUUUUAAGAAUCUUAUUUCAUCUAAAUGGGUUUUCCCAUUCGAGAUCGGUAGGAUAAACUUUAUAUAUUUUUCAAUUUAUUUUUUAAAUGCGAUAUAACGUUAUAACAGCGUCUAAUAAAACAACUGCAACUUUACAUCGGGAACAUGUAAAUAUAUCGGCAAUUUAUUUUAUAAAUGUUUUUCUUUGACAAAGCGAAUUUACAAACGGUUAAUUUAAAACUCUAAAUAGUAUUAUAUAAAUAAAGAUUAAAUGUAAUUCAACAUCAUGUUUAGUAAUCGUAAUAUAGUACUAGGUUUAUGUCGAUACAUGUA